AUGGACAUGGAAACAAAGACUGUUGUUCGCUUGAUCGACCUGCGACCGGCGGUUCAGAUGAUGGCCUUGAGCCCAGGGAAAGGGACAACAAGCCAAGAAACCUUUUCCAACACAGCCAUGCGGCAGGGUAUGUCCAUAACUACUGGACAGAUCCCUCCGAGAGGAUCUGAAGUCUCAAGAGAACGCAUCCUGAGAGCUUCUUUCACCAUCUCCAAGGAUGGCUUGUUGGAGUGCCAGAAAUGGCGCUUCCGUCUUGCCUUCAAUCCAUUCCACGAGAAGAGGCUGUUCUUCAAGAUGUCUGCUAUGAGAACCGACCCAUUCUGUAUCGCCUCAGCUAUAGCGAGCUCACACACCCCUAUGAUGAUCCCCAGUCCCCUUUCCACUGCAAGCAUGCCUUUGAGCUUAGGGAUGGGUUUUUUUCUUGGAAGGGCUGUAAACAACCUUGAGCUAGGGUGUGACUGUCUUUGGGCAAUUCACCAUGUUGACUCAUAUCUCUCUGGCUCAGAUGACCUGCCAACACCUGCCCAGGUAGUUGUUUGUCUCCACGAGGAAGACAACGGCAUUCUGUGGAAGCACACAAACUUCCGCACUAACAGAUCCGUUGUGGCACGCAUGAGAGAGCUUGUCGUGCAAUUCAUAGUCACUCUUGCGAACUAA